UUUUUGUUUUGAAUUUAAUUUUUAGGUUAUGUACCAAACUUUAACUUUAAAGGAUAAAUUUAAUAAAGUUAUAUUAUUGAUAUAAAUUCAUAAGUUACAUUAAUAUAUAAAACAACAAUGGACGAAACAGUAAAUACUGAAUAUUUUGAAAGUUAUGAAGAUUUGGAGAUCCAUCGGCUCAUGCUGGAAGAUGCAUCACGAACGGCUACAUACAAACAGGCAAUACUCAGCAAUGCUCCUUACUUCAAAGACAAAGUGGUGAUGGACGUUGGUUGUGGCACUGGAAUCUUGUCCAUAUUCUGUGCUCAGGCUGGUGCCAAGAAAGUAUAUGCAGUUGAGGCCAGUAAACUUGCAAACUUAGCUAAAGAAGUUGUGAAGGAGAAUAAUUUUGAGAACAUUAUUGAGGUAAUACACAGCAAAGUUGAGGAUGUAACACUACCAGACAAUGUCAAAGUGGAUGCGAUAGUGUCCGAGUGGAUGGGGUUCUACCUGCUCCAUGAGGGUAUGCUGGACUCCGUGCUGGUCGCCAGAGACAAGUUCCUGAAGGAAGACGGCCACCUGUUCCCUGAAAGUGCUACCAUUUAUGUGGCUCCUUGUAGUGUUCCAUCUCUGUACAAACAAUGGGACAAUGUCCAUGGAGUAUCAAUGUCUGCAUUCUCUAAACAGCUCCGUCAAAGCAAAUACAACAAGCCAGAGAUAAUACAGAUACACCCUGAAGACUUGCUUGGACCUGAAAUUGCCCUGUGCUGGAUUGACUUGAAGGAGAAUAAGUCUGCAGAUCUCGACUCCUUCAGUUUACAACAUGUUUUAGGAGCAUCCAGAGCCGGCGCAUACCAAGGCAUAAGCGUGUGGUUCGACUGCGUCUUCCCCGACCUAUCGCAAGACCGGGAGGAGUCGCAGAUGAUCUUGGGCACGGGGCCCUUCAGUCUGCCGACUCACUGGAAGCAGACCGUCAUAGUGCUGCCGCGGGAGCAGCUGGUGGAACCAGGCGAGCCUAUUGCUUUCCAGCUGGAUAUGACGAGGGAUUCUAGUAAUUGUCGACGAUACAACUUACAAGUGACGUUACAAGACCCAGAGACAGCCGAACAUCCAACACCAUGCACGUGUCACAUGACCAAGUGCAUCAUUAUCAAAACCUUCAUGCAUCAACACCCGGAACAGCCAAGAGGUGGAGAGAAGAAUAGUGAUGAGAGGAGAGAACAGCAACCAAUAUUGGUAGAUGAGCCUAUAGAUGACGAUGAUGAUGAAUGAAUAAAAAAAG